UCACAAAGUGAGAAGAAAGAAAGGAAGGGUGUUGCCUUAAACCACCUGAACAACUUGAGCAAAAGGGGAGGGGUUUAAUCUCAGAGACCAGACAUGCGUUCACUCUUAAACACAUGCACAUCCGAGGUGAACGUUCAGUCUGCAGCACAGAGUGAGUUAGGAGGAGGACUUUAUUCCUGCAAGCGCAACAAGUUGCUUGGAUUUGCGAAGAACAGGUGGGAAACCUGUUUUCCCUCUUUGGUUAAUCAUUGGAAAAUUAAGGAUUUACUUUUAGAGAACUUUGCGGUUUCUGAUUGGACUCUGGGACUUGGGAAUAGCAGACUAAGAGGAUAUGUGCAAAAUUCCUGAGAAAUCGUUGGUCUGUUUCUGUUCUUCACAGUCCAGAGAUUUAUGACUGAAAUGGGAGGAUGGGCGCUGCAUCUCGCCGUGGGGAUCAACAUUCUCCUGCUCACUGUUAUAACCAGCCAUGCUAAUGAAGCGAAUCCCUGUACUGGAGCCAAGGACAAAACCUGCACAGACUGUAUCCAGAUUGGCUCAGAGUGUUCAUAUUGCGCUGAUGAGAUCUUUGAGCAUGAACGAUGUGAUUUUAAGAGCAACCUGGAGGCCCAUAGGUGUGGUCUGCUGGUAGCAAUUGAGAGCAGCAAAGAGACGAUUAAGAACGAAAAGAUCAAAGUGAUCAACAAGUACUCACAGGUGGCUCCUCAGGAGAUGAGCAUGACCUUUCUCCCCGGGGAGGAGAAGGAGGUGGAGAUGGAGGUGUUUGAGCCGCCGCGUGGCCCUCUGGAUCUCUACAUCCUCAUGGACUUCUCCAACUCAAUGACUGAUGAUCUGGACAACCUGAAGAAAAUGGGAGACAAGCUGGCUAAUCUCGUUGGCGAUAUCUCUGAUGACUACACCAUUGGAUUUGGCAAAUUUGUGGAUAAAGUCACAGAGCCACAGACAGACAUGAGACCAGCCAAGUUAAAGCAGCCGUGGCCCAACAGCGACCCUCCGUUUUCAUUUACCAACGUCAUCUCACUCACCAACAACAUCACCUACUUCAGACAGAAGCUGCAGAACGAGAGAAUAUCUGGCAACCUGGACGCCCCCGAGGGCGGCUUUGAUGCCAUCUUACAAACUGCUGUAUGCCAGACUCAGAUUGGAUGGAGGCAGCACAGCACCCACUUGUUGGUCUUCUCCACUGAAUCUGCUUUUCAUUACGAGGCGGACGGCGCCAACGUGCUUGCUGGCAUUUUGGAUCGUAACGAUGAGAAAUGUCACCUGAGUGCAGAUGGAAAAUAUACACAUGACACACUUCAAGAUUACCCAUCUAUACCCACGCUAGUGCGACUUCUGGGUCAGCACAAUAUCAUCCCAAUCUUCGCUGUCACUAACCACUCCUACACACAUUACGAGAAACUGUCUAAAUACUUCCCCAUUGCUGAAGUGGAACAGUUGCAGGACGAUUCUUCCAACAUCCUGACCAUUUUACAAAAAGCUUUUAAGGGUAUUCGUUCCAAGAUCAAUAUUCGUGCUGAGGGCAAACCAAAAGCAAUGGAAGCUAAGAUUUUCUCUCAGUCCGGCUCUGUCUAUGCUGAUGGGAAUUUCAAUAUCACACCAGGAGAAAUUGGUAAAUUUAAGGUCCGUCUGAAGGCUCUUACCAAGGUAGAAGAGAAACACGUCUGUAAUGCAGGCCCUGCAGACCGGAAGGGAACUCUGCGAGUCAAACCCACCACCUUCAGCACAGCCUUCAAUAUCAAAACUGAAGUGCUCUGUGAGAGAUGUAACUGUGAAAAGACUCCGGUCAAAAAUGCGGUGCGCUGUCACGGCCACGGAGAUUUAGUUUGCGGAAAAUGCCAGUGUGUCAGCGGAUGGUUAGGUCCCUUCUGUAACUGUUCAGCAGGAGCUUCCACGGACUCCAAAAUGUGUUUGGGCCCCGGGAUGACAGAACCGUGUUCCGGCAGAGGAGACUGUAUGUGUGGCACAUGCGUGUGCUAUAACCCGAACCAGUUUGAGGGACCACUCUGUCAGUUUGACAAAUCCCUUUGUCAAAGAUUUGGUGGAUUUCUUUGUAAUGACCGUGGCAGUUGCAGUAUGGGGAGAUGUGUCUGUACACCUGGCUGGUCUGGAGAUGCCUGUGAAUGUCCCAGCAGCAACCAAACAUGCGUGGACAGCAAAGGGGGUAUCUGUAAUGGCCGUGGUGUGUGUAAAUGUGGCCGCUGUGAGUGUCAACACUCUGGACUUCCACUUAGCCCAACUUGUGAAGCCAACUUUCAGGCACAGCUGGGCAUGUGUGAGGGCAAGAGGAGCUGCGUCCAGUGUCAGGCUUGGAACACCGGUGAGAGAAAAGGAAAGAAGUGUGAUGAAUGUCACUUUAAAGCCAUCUUGGUAGAAGAUCUGGAAGAUGAUGAAAACGUGAUAGAGAAAUGUAGUUUCCGUGAUGAAGAUGACGAUUGCCAGUACCACUACACCGUGAAUUAUCCAAAAACUGAGACGGACAAAGAACACCUUGUCCUGGUGAAGAAAAAGAAGGACUGUCCACCUGCAGGUUUCCUCUGGUUGAUUCCCCUCAUAAUGUUUCUGAUGCUCCUGCUUGGUUUGCUAUUACUCUGUUGCUGGAAAUACUGCAAAUGCUGCCAGGCUUGUCUUGCUCUUCUACCCUGCUGUGGCAGAGGUCGUAUGGUGGGAUUCAGAGAAGAUCACUACAUGUUACGCCAGUCUUUGUUGACUUCUGAUCAUCUGGACACCCCGAUGGCGCGCACUGGCCCACUCAAGAGCACUGAUGUGGUACGCUGGAAAGUCACAGAUAAUGUGCAUCGAGGUCCAAACCACCCCCAGAACCAGAUACAACCCAACCCUAAAGAAACCAUCCAGUUUCCCGUCUCUCUUCGUCUGAACCAGCAAUAUUCCGAAACUCUUUCCCGUCCCGAUGCUCGGGAGACAGACAUACUCAGACGGGAUGUGGAGGACAAUCUCAAUGACGUGUUCAUGCAGAUCCCAGGCGCGCAGAGAGUACAAAGAACCAAGUUCAGGACACAAAGAAAUUCUGGAAAGAGACAAAACAACACGAUAGUCGACACAGUUUUAUCAGCCCCGCGGGCCAGUUAUCCUGACAUUGUGAAACUGACAGAUAAACAGGUUCAGACUGGAAACUUCCGUGACCUGAAAGUAGUUCCAGGCUAUUACACCGUAGCUACUGACAGAGAAGCGGCAGGUGCUGUGGAGUUUCAGGAGGGCGUGGAGUCUGUGGAUGUUCGGGUUCCACUCUUUAUCAAAGACGAGGACGAUGAAAAGAAGGAGCUGCUCGUGCAAGCCGUAGACGUUCCAGUUGGAAUUGCAAAGAUUGGCAAAGAUCACGUCAACAUUACCGUUAUUAAGGAACAUGCUCGGAGCAUCUUCACCUUCCUGCAGCCGGCAUACACGUUCAGUAGGCAGGAUGCUGUGGCGAACAUUCCCAUCAACCGUGAGAUCAUAGAGGACGGACGAACGCAGGUCACAUACUGCACCCGUGACCUCACUGCCAAAGACAAGAAGGACUAUAUCACAGUUGAUGGGGAUUUAAGUUAUGGACCUGGUGAGACGCAGAAGUCAGUUCCUGUGAAACUCUUGGAGCUUGGAGAGGGAGAUGGUUUGCUGGAGGACAAACAGGUCAAACAGUUUGUGAUGGAUCUGAGUAAUCCACGGCAGGGCGCGAAACUGGGCCGAUACCCACGCACCACUAUCACCAUUGCAGAUAAACCAGAACCUGGCGUUGUGAUGUUUAAGAAAGGCACUCAAACUUUCAACACAAUGGACCCCGUCUACUCCAUCCCUGUGGUACGUACCCGAAACCAGGAGGGUCCUACCGCCGUUUACUGGCGCACAAAUAAAGCCACACGCUUCGAUCUCUCUGGUCCACUCAAAUUUGCCCCUGGCGAGACUGAAAAGAACAUCGUGAUUGACUCUCGUGCAUAUUCAUCACCCGUCGUACCCGAGAACUUCCAACUGGAGCUGUACGACCCAAGCCCCAAUACAACCAUUGGAGAGAGGAAGACCACAGUGGUGAACGUUGUUGAAAGAGGAGAUGGGAAAAGUCAGGACAUCAGUACACAAAAACUGGUCGGUCAAUCAGCCAUGUCUCCUGGAGGACGUCUAUAUUCCCCGACCAACAUCAAAGCGGUACCCUCCGGCCCUAAAAACAUACGACUUAACUGGAACCCUUCUGGAAAUGCCAGUGGUUACAGGGUGAAGUACUGGAUUUAUGGUGAUCCUGAGGCUAAUGCUGAGAUGAUGGAAGUAAAGUCUCCUCAUGCUGAGCUAUCCAAUCUCUACCCAUACUGUGAUUAUGAGAUGCGUGUAUGUGCCUACAAUGCACAUGGAGAUGGCAAUUACAGCGAUAUAAUCCCAUGCAAGACUCUUGAGGAUGUACCCGGUGAACCUGGUCGGCUGGCUUUCAAUGUUAUUAGCCCCACUGUCACUCAAAUUAGCUGGGCAGAGCCUGCAGAGACUAAUGGUGUCAUUACUGCCUAUGAGGUCAUCUAUACACCCAUCACCGAGGACAAUAAGCCUCAAGGAGCUACUAAGAAGGUGAAUAUUGACAAUCCUAAAAAGAGAAUGAUGCUCAUCGAGAACCUUCAGCCUUCUCAGACUUACUGUUACAAAGUGCGCGCUCGCAACAAGGUGGGCUGGGGUCCGUACAGAGACGCCACCCUCAACCUGGCAUCACAGCCUACCAGACCCAUGUCAAUUCCCAUCAUUCCAGACAUUCCCAUCGUGGAUGCAGAAGCCGGCGAUGAGUAUGACUCCUACCUGAUGUACAGUAAUGAAGUAAUGCGAUCUCCAACCAGCAGCCAGAGGCCUAGUGUGACCGAUCUAUCUGAUGAACAGCUUAUCAAUGGAAAAUGGGAGCAGAACUUCCUGUUCCCCGGAGGAGGCAGUUCCCUUUCCCGCAACAUCAGCUCUUCUUCCACAUACAGCCAUUCCACACCCCAACCUCUUGUGGGCAAUCUCAGCACCAGCACGACGACGUACAUUUCCGGCAAAGGUGGCUCAACAUCUCACAGAUUUGACGGUGGACUCCUCAAAGAGGAGGUGACCAUGAGGAAACGUUCCGACAACCGCCAUUAUACGGACAAUGAUGGUGUGAGAGAUUCAAUCGUCAUGGGAAACCUGACUGGGGGAUUUUUGGAAAGUUUAGGGGUCUCUAGCUUCAGCCAGAGUACAUCAACCAGCUACAGCAUGAGCUCCAGAGCUCGUACACAAUCUGAGGAUAUCAACGAUGCACUGCAGAACCUGGAUAUGGUUCUCCACGACUCUCGCUUUAACCCAGGGGUCCCUGAGACUCCCAGCAGACUGGUGUUUUCUGCUUUGGGACCCACGGCCCUUAAAGUGAGCUGGCAGGAGCCCCACUGUGAAACUGAUGUUCUGGGGUACUGCGUCCUUUACCAGCUGAUCAAUGGAGGUGAAAUGAAACGUAUUGAGGUGAAGAAUCCAGCUCAAAACUCGGUGGUGGUGCAGGAUCUUCUGCCCAACCAGUCCUACGUCUUCAAAGUGAAGGCCCAGAGUCGGGAAGGCUGGGGUCCUGAGAGAGAGGGAGUCAUUACUAUUGAAUCUGCAGUUGACCCCAAGAGUCCACUUAGCCCAAUGCCAGGGUCUCCAUUUACUCUCAGCACACCCAGUGCUCCAGGACCUCUGAUCUUCUCGGCUUUGAGUCCAGACACCCUUCAGCUGAGCUGGGAGAAACCCCGUAAACCCAACGGAGACAUUCUGGGCUAUGUGGUCACCUGUGAACAACUGCACGGUGGAGGAGAUCUUCGGUCGUUCCAGGUGAAUGGCAACGCUGCAACAUCAUUGACUGUGUCGGACCUAAAAGAAAACAUGCCGUACAAAUUCAAAGUUCAAGCACAGACUACACAGGGCUUUGGACCAGAAAGAGAAGGAAUCAUCACCAUUGAAUCUCAAGAUGGAGGCUCCAUGUCUCAGUACAGCAGUCAGUCGGUUUCAAGGAGGGAAGUCUUCAACUUACCGACAGAAAUGUCAACACACACCACAUUCACAGAACCCUUUAUGACACCAGAGGGCAUGAUGAUGAUGUCGAGCAGGCAGAUCACACAAUCGGGCAGUACCGUCACCCGGCAGGUGGAGAUGGUGCAGAGGGGAGUCGUGUCCGGCACCACGGUCACAAAGAGGACGGAGAAACAAUACUACGAGGCUUAAUCACGAACCUGUGACGCUUUCAUUUACCUUCAGUUAAAAGCACAUAAUAGAGAAACUUAUACAGUAGGUGAACUUUGAGAGUGAACUGGAGAAGAAAUGUGCACGACAUGUAAAGCGCUUGAGCUUUUCUUUGGAUCCCCAGCGAGGUCUUCAAAGCCUUGAUACGUUAUUGAAUGUAAAAACCAUGUGGUGUUAUCAGAAUCAAGACUGCUCAAUAUGGUUGUGGAUAUUCUGUUGCUUAUUCCAACUCGCCCGCAUUAAUUUUGGCCGGCAAGGUUCUUUUAGUCAGAUGUUGUUUUGCAGGCUUGAAGGCUUUGGUUUGAAUUUAUUUUUCACAGCACAUUAAUUUACAGUGCGUACUUCAAGGUUAGUAUUUCGCCCUAAAUCAGAAAGUUGCAUAAAAUGUUGUAAAAGCGCACUGCAUAUGGACUUCAUUUGGAGGAUUGUAAAUAUGUUACUGAGGUUUUUUUUAAGAUGUGCUGUAACUUUAGGCAUGUGGCUAUAUUUAAGACCUGUGUAUGAUGUGUUUUAGAGGCUGGUGCGGUGGAGUUUGUACCGUGGUAAUGUACUAGCUUAACCCGCCAGACUUUCAUUGUCCACCAGCAUAAACCAAACUAAAGUAGUGUGGAAAUUGAUGCUGGUAUUUACAUAUAAAGCAGUGGUUCUCAAACUGGGGUGCGCGAGAUGGCCCCCAGUUUUGUCAUUUUAUAAAAUACAUAAAUUUUUAACAAAAUCAAAUCUCAGAAUAAUAUAACUACUAACCAACAUCAUUACAUUGUACAAAUAUUAAGUUUGAGAUUGUUUAAUGUCAUGAAUGUCAAGGUGGGGCGAACGCUGAAAAGUUUGAGAACCACUUAUUUAAAGUCUGCUGGUUUUGUGCCGUAUGCUACUGGUAGUUUCAUAAAGAUUUUCUAUUUUAUACCUUUGUGCCUUUUUAAUUAAACGAUUUUUUUACUGUAUCGAGACAUUUUUAUGGUACUUCUGACUUGGAAAAAAGAUGAAUACUUCAUCAUAUUUAAACGGGAGCAUAUAGUCUGAAUUUCUCUGUAGUAUGCAAAAACUUUUUAGUGUGCAUGUCAGUUUGCUGCACUUUAUGAAACAAUAAAUCAUCCUACCACAGUUGAA